AGGACCUCACACAGCCACUGAAGCUCUUUGUCUGAAGACAGCAGCUCAUCACAUCACAGCACCACAGAAGAAGAGAUGGCCCAGAUCAGAGCCCCUGUUAUUGUGCUGCUCGUGCUCCUGGCUGUGGGGCUGUUCACUACUGAGGCUUCUGCAGCUAAACAAGGUUUUCCUAGAGGUUGUUGUACGCGUUACUACCAGGGUAGGAUAGACAUUCGUCUCAUCCUUGGCUUUUACGUACCGUCAAUGAUUGACGGGUGCAACAUUGAUGCUAUCAUUUUCCACACUGUCAGAGGGAGAUUCCCAUGUGUGGAUCCCACUCAGGGCUGGGUUAUGAAAGCUGUUCGCAAGCUGAGGGAGAGAGCGGAACGAUUGAACAAGAACAGGUCAUAGGAAUAGUUCUCAUCACAAGGAUACACAGGACCAAGAGUUUGUGUUGCUAUCUUCAUUGACGGAGGAGAAUGCAAACGUGCUGGAACCCUGCUAUCUCUAAGUUUAUCCAACUAGCUGAAUUUGAUCAGACAUUUCUCUGUGCU